AUGUCCGCCUGGAGGAAAGCUGGUAUAUCGUAUGCUGCAUAUUUGAACGUGGCCGCUCAGGCUAUUCGCUCUUCAUUGAAAACUGAGUUGCAAACCGCUAGUGUCCUCAGUAGAUCGAAAACAGAUGCCUUUUAUACCCAGUAUAAGAAUGGUACUGCUGCUUCUGAACCCACUCCAAUAACAAAAUAG